AUACUUUGGAAACAAAAGAGCUUAUGCAGAAAACACAGUUCCGUCCAGUUUCACUCUUGACACAAGCUCAUCUUCUGCACGAGAUACCAAGUAUCCUCAAGUAUUUAAAACACCAUUGUCUGCUGGAAAUCACCAGAGAUUAGGUUAUAAAAGCCGGACACCAGAAAUAGGAUAUUCAGCUACAUCCUCAUCUGCAGCUUCUACACACUCCCCGUCAGUUAUUGUAGCUGUUGUAGAAGGGAGAGGACUUGCCAGAGGUGAAAUAGGAAUGGCAAGCAUUGACUUCAGAAGCCCGCAAAUCAUAUUGUCACAGUUUGCAGAUAGUACAACAUAUGCGAAGGUGAUCACUAAACUCAAAAUUUUGUAUCCUUUGGAAAUAAUAAUGUCAAAUACUGCUUGUGUUGUGGGUAACUCAACGAAGUUGUUUACUCUGAUCACAGAAAAUUUCAAGAAUGUUAAUUUCACUACUAUUCAAAGGAAAUACUUCAAUGAAACAAAAGGAUUAGAGUACAUUGAGCAAUUAUGCAUAGCAGAAUUCAGCACUGUCCUAAUGGAGGUUCAAUCCAAGUAUUACUGCCUUGCAGCUCUUGCAGCUUUGUUAAAAUAUGUUGAAUUUAUUCAAAAUUCAGUUUACGCACCAAAAUCACUGAAGAUUUGUUUCCAGGGCAGUGAACAGACAGCCAUGAUAGAUUCAUCGUCAGCCCAAAACCUUGAAUUGUUAAUUAAUAAUCAAGAUUGUAGGAGUAAUCACACUCUCUUUGGUGUUCUAAAUUAUACUAAGACUCCUGGAGGGAGUAGAAGACUUCGUUCUAAUAUAUUGGAACCUCUAGUUGAUAUUGAAACCAUUAACAUGAGAUUAGAUUGUGUUCAAGAACUACUUCAAGAUGAGGAACUUUUUUUUGGACUUCAGUCAGUUUUAUCACGGUUUCUUGAUACAGAGCAACUUCUUUCUGUUUUAGUCCAAAUUCCAAAGCAAGACACGGUCAAUGCAGCUGAAUCAAAGAUAACAAAUUUGAUAUACUUAAAGCAUACAUUGGAACUUGUGGAUCCUUUAAAGGUUGUUCUGAAGAACUGUAACACACCUUUAUUAAGAGCUUACUCCAGUUCCUUGGAAGACAAGAGGUUUGGAAUCAUACUUGAAAAGAUUAGAACAGUAAUUAAUGAUGAUGCAAGAUAUAUGAAAGGAUGCCUGAAUAUGAGAACGCAGAAGUGCUACGCAGUGAAGUCUAACGUCAAUGAAUUUCUUGACAUAGCCAGAAGAACAUAUACAGAGAUUGUCGAUGACAUAGCAGGAAUGAUAUCGCAACUUGGAGAAAAGUAUAGUCUUCCUUUAAGAACAAGCUUUAGCUCUGCUCGAGGAUUUUUCAUCCAGAUGACAACAGAUUGUACAGCACUCCCCAGUGGUCAACUUCCUUCAGAAUUUAUUAAGGUGUCUAAAGUGAAAAAUUCCUAUAGCUUUACAUCAGCAGAUUUAAUUAAAAUGAAUGAAAGAUGCCAAGAGUCUUUGAGAGAAAUCUAUCACAUGACAUAUAUGAUAGUGUGUAAACUGCUUAGUGAGAUUUAUGAACAUAUUCAUUGUUUAUAUAAACUAUCUGACACGGUGUCAAUGCUGGAUAUGCUCCUGUCAUUUGCUCAUGCCUGCACUCUUUCUGACUAUGUUCGGCCAGAGUUUACUGAUACUUUAGCAAUCAAACAGGGAUGGCAUCCCAUUCUUGAAAAAAUAUCUGUGGAAAAACCUGUUGCCAACAAUGCCUAUGUUACAGAAGGGAGUAAUUUUUUGAUCAUAACUGGACCAAAUAUGAGUGGAAAAUCCACGUAUUUAAAGCAGAUUGCUCUUUGUCAGAUUAUGGCCCAGAUAGGAUCAUAUGUUCCAGCAGAAUAUUCUUCCUUUAGAAUUGCUGAACAGAUUUUCACAAGAAUUAGUACUGAUGAUGAUAUUGAAACAAAUUCAUCAACGUUUAUGAAGGAAAUGAAAGAGAUAGCAUAUAUUCUACAUAAUGCAAAUGACAAAUCACUCAUAUUAAUUGAUGAACUUGGCAGAGGUACUAAUACAGAAGAAGGCAUUGGCAUUUGUUUUGCUGUUUGUGAAUAUCUACUGAGCAUAAAGGCAUUUACACUGUUUGCUACACAUUUCCUGGAACUAUGCCAUUUAGAUGUCCUGUAUCCUAAUGUGGAAAACAUGCAUUUUGAAGUGCAACAUGUAAAGAAUGCCACAAGAAAUAAGGAAACAAUUUUGUAUACCUACAAACUGUCUAAGGGACUCACAGAAGAGAAAAAUUAUGGAUUAAAAGCUGCAGAGGUGUCAUCACUUCCACCAUCAAUUGUCUUGGAUGCCAAAGAAAUCACAACUCAAAUUACAAGACAAAUUUUGCAAAACCAAAGGAGUACCCCUGAGAUGGAAAGACAGAGAGCUGUGUACCAGCUAGCCACUAGGCUUGUUCAAACUGCUCGAAACUCUCAAUUGGAUCCAGACAGUUUACGAACAUUUUUAAGUAAUCUCAAGAAGAAGUACGAAAGAGAUUUUCCCAGGGAUGAACAGGUACCAGGAGAGACUGAAGAAUAACAGCAAUUUACAUCUUGUACUAAUGAAAUAAUAGAUCUUCAUAUGAGGAAGCUAAAAUUCAUUUUUCCCUGAGAGCGAAAGAAAAUA